AUGAGUGAUUUAGGUUUCGAUCCUACCUUGAAGAAGAAAAAGAAGUCCAAGAAGGUCGAGGAAGGCGACGCCUCCCCCGCCCCUAGCGCAUCCGCAGACAUGGACGAUAUGUUAGCAGGUUUGAAGAAGAAGAAGAAGUCCAAGAAGGUCGACUCCGAGGCCGCCGCCGAUGCUUUGGCCGCAGAGGACUUGUCCAAGUCUCUUGAUGAGAUGGGGUUGAAAAAGAAAAAGAAGAAGUCCAAGGCCUUGGAUGCCAACGAGUUCGAGCAGGCUUUGGAAGAAGCAGGCAUUGACGAAGUAGUGGCCACAACCUCCACCCAGAACCGCGAGUCGUCGAUUAACACCGUGUUGCCAUACGAGUUCCUUUUGUCCAGAUUCUUCGAGAUUUUGAAGAAGAACAACCCAGAUUUGGCCGACGACAGAGGCGGAUCCAAGUUCAAGAUUCCUCCUCCAAUCUGUCAGAGAGAAGGUUCCAAGAAGACCUUGUUCUCCAACGUGCAAGCUAUCGCUACUGUUUUGCAAAGAAACCCCGAGCACUUGAUCCUGUACCUCUUCGCCGAGUUGGGUACUUCUGGUUCCAUUGAUGGUGAGAAGAGAUUGGUGUUGAAGGGUAAGUUCCAGCCUAACCAGAUCAUGACGGUCAUCAAAAGAUACAUUUUGGAGUACGUCAUCUGUCGAACCUGUAAGUCUAUCAACACUGAGUUGAAGAGAGAGUCCUCCAACAGAUUGCACUUCUUGAGCUGUAACGCCUGUGGUUCCACCAGAUCUGUGUCCAGUAUUAAGACCGGUUUCCAAGCCCAAAUUGGUCGUAGAAAGAGAAACUAG